AGUUUCGCAGGAGGGGGGCAGGGACGGACAAACGGUCUCGGAGGAGCUAACCGCCCUGUGAUUCUGUUAUUCUGCUGUACAAACCCAGAGUCCAUCUGCUCCCCGACCAGAACCAGCACCUGCACACAAACCCGGGGGCCGGGAACCGUGGCAACCCGAACUGAGCACCAUCGUGAUGUUUCUCAGGCUUGUGGCAUUGAUAUUGGGUUUGUGGAGUCUCACUCCCACCAUGUGUGACCACACAGACAGCAAAAACGUCGUUUUAGGGGUUCCAAUCCUCAGCGCCCCUGACGCCUCUUUCGUUAAAUCCAUCGAAACCUUCAGCUGUAGCCUCUCUAACCCCCCUAAGGAAGAGUCCAUCCUGUAUACUCUGUAUGGGAAUAACGGCACUAAGAAACACGGAGACUUCAGUGCGCACGGAGAGUACACGGCCAAUUUCACACUCGUGAUCCAGCUGUCGUACGAUGGCCUUUUCUACUGCAAUGCCAGCGUGCAGAACAACACAGCCAUCCAGCCCGUGAAAAGCAAGGACCACUACUUCAGAGUGAUCGUGCCUGUUGAAGGAGCCGAGCUGUCGUCAGACCCGUCGCCAGCGGAAGUGUUUGAGGGGCAGAAUCUGACUCUGUCCUGCAGUGUGAAGGCGGGCACUGACAUCAGUUACACGUGGCUCAUCAGUAACUCAUCGGUGGAGGCCCGUCAUCGGCAGGAGGGUAACAGGCUGUUAUUGGUGUCCGUGACCUCUGAGGAUGCUGGGAACUACUCCUGCUUGGCCUGGAACCAGUUGAUCGACAGCGUUCACUCCUCCAUCAGCACACAGAAGCUCGUCACUGUCAAAGUUGGUGUUUCCAAACUCAACAUCUCAUUCAGCGUGCAGAAGAACGGCACGGGCUACCUGGCGCAGGUGAGGUGCCAGGCGGGCAGAGGGACGCUGCCUAUCAACUUCACCCUCUACCACGAAAAUGGGGAGCAGCAGGGCUCGGAGGAGACGCACUCCCACCAGGCCUCCUUCCCUAUACCCGUCGAGCUGAACCGCCACAUGGGGGCGCUGCACUGCGUGGCGGAAAACGGCCACCGCCGAGUGCGCAGCGACGUCCUGCCGCUGAGAGUGGUGCCUGUAGGGGGCAGUGUGAGAUUGACUCUGGAGCAUGAUGACAGCGGUAGCUCUGACAGGGUGUCUGUCAGGCUGCGCUGUGCGGUGGACAGAGGAACUUUCCCACAGUUCCACUGGUUUCUGAAUGACUCCGGCCUGGACAGCCGGGGGCCCUUCCACAGGAUAGAGGAGCACAGCCGGUCUCUGCUUCUCACCUCCGUCAACGACCACAAUUCCGGCUCCUACCACUGUGAGGCGACAGACAGCUUUGACCCCAUUGCAUGGAUCAGCAGUGAGAAGCUCUUUGUAGACAGGGCAGUGGCUUCUCGUGUCCCUGUGACUGUGUUAUCUGUGGUGCUCGGCUGUUUCCUCUUCCUCUGCAGUCUGGUGACUGGCUGCUGCAUCUAUGGAGCAUUACACCGGCGAAGACCAGCCCCACGGAAGCGCGCAUGGAUUUUAAAUUCCACAGCAAUGAACAAUAUGGAAUAUGAAGAUGACGAACUGGUCGAAGACGAAUACAUGGAAGAUGGAGACCUGGCUACGGCUGCCAAUAUGGAGGACAGAGACACGGUCGAGGGAGAGUCGCUGGACGAGUGGGAGCAGAUAGAAAAGGCCCUGCAAAUAAACUGCAUGGACGAAGAAGUUCCCCCGAGCUAAAGAGAGAACAAUGGAGGAAAGAGAGGGAAGCUAGAAAAGGAGGAAGGGAGUGGAGUUAGUGAGAGAGAGAAGAA